AUGUCCGUCGUUCUGUACCACUGGCCUAUUAGCCCACCACCGAGAACAGUUUUAGCUGUUUCUAAGGCCAUUUGGAUUGACGCCACGUGUUUGAAUAUCGGUGGCCACGUGAUCCCUACGUACCUGGUGUCUCGUUAUGGAAAGGAUGACUCCCUCUGUCCGAAGGAUUUGAAGAUGAGGGCACUGGUCGACCAGAGGCUGUAUUUCAACGCGACAGCACUCUUUCCUCGUAUAAAGAAUACGACCACCUCAAUCAUUUUCUUUGGGAAAAGAAGUGUGGACGCUGACGCGAAAGCAGCCAUAUACAAGGCUUUGGGAAUCCUGGAGAAGUACCUGGAGCCCACUGGAUGGGUGGCUGGAGACCGGCCGACCGUGGCCGACAUCUCCUGUUCUGUUUCAACUGGUAGAAUGAAGGUAAGGGAUACUUAA